CUUAUAGGAAUUCUUGGACACAUCAGUAAAAGAGGCCUUUCCUCACUUACUGAGAGUCAUUCCACACCAAUAAGCAUUGCACAUUCUGACAUGAAGGUUCAUAUACUUCCUGCACUUUCUGAUAAUUACAUGUAUCUUGUUGUUGAUGAGGACACAAAAGAAGCUGCCAUCGUUGAUCCAGUAGAACCCAAAAAGGUAUAUUUUUAUUUGUUUCUAAACACCCUGAAGUUUAAACAAUAAAUUAUUAAUUUUGAAAUUUCUUUUUCCUCAGUAAAACCACAUGAUCUCCAUUUUUGGACUGAUAGAUCAUUUAGGUCAUUGAUUAUAAUUAUGUACCGCAGCAGUAGUAACCAAGAAGAAGUUAUAAAAUGUGAACAGUGUAGACUGGCUUAUAACCAUUACAAAUUAAUAUGAAUGAUUUGAAAACUUGAUUUAAUUGUUCAGUUUUUUAUUGAUAUUUAGCCAAAAAGCAUUCUGUCUCUUUAAGUAAUCAUUAUUUUGCUUAUAAAGACAUCUCAUAACUACACUGUAUAUUAAAUGACAUUUGUAUAAAAGAAUUGUUUUGAUGGCCCAAAAUACAGGAUAUGUGUCAAACAGAAAAAGGGAAUGGCUGUGAUACUAGCUCUGACUAGCUCUGAAAGUUCCGAAAGUCACCACCCAUGAUACUAUCAGAUUUAGCACCCUUCUGCUACCGCUACUUUCAGAUAGCUACUUUCGAAGUGUCAUUACUUUUGGAUGGCUAAAACGUGUACUCCACGUGGGCACUUUAAAAAAUAAAAUCGCAAAAAAUACGAAAGGAAUACUUUUUGAAAAAAGGUUAUUUAUAUCCUGUACUUUAAGAGUUAUGAAUGGGAAUGUCAAAUAAUCAUUAUUAGUAAACCUCGGAUCAGUGUGGCAUUUGUUCAGGAUAUAUCUGUCAUAUCCGAUAUUUUUCGCAAAAAGGGAAAUUAGUUUUGAGGUCUCUACUAUUGGAGGGUCGUUAUUUUCGGGGAGAUCCCUCCUUUCAGGAUUUGCUAACAGCUGCGACAUUUCAUCGCUACUUUUGGAGGGUCGCUACUUUUGAGGGGUUGUUAAUUUCGGAACUUUACUGUAAUAUUUCCUUCCCUGGGCAUUCUCCCUGAUUCAUUAACCUUGCAUUUUUUUCGUUCCCUUGAAGUUUUUUGCAUGAAGCCCUUUCACUGAUGAUAGAACUCAGGUUUGUCAUUGCCUUCUCUUAAAAAAAAGUGGAUUAUUAAUUCUGACACAGAGUUUUUUAUAGGUCAUUGCAGCUGUUAAGAAAGAAGGAGUUAAACUUACAACAGUACUGACCACCCAUCAUCAUUGGUAUGUGCUAACAUCCUGUAUGGCAUUGUAUUCUUAUAAAUGGCUUUCCAUACAGACAUUCUAUUCUGCAAUGAGCCGAAAGAACACUUGCAUAGGAGUCACACUGAUAAGUAUCCCAUUAAUGUUCACUUGAAAACUGAGUGGUAGUUUUUUUUUUGGUGUUGUGGACAUUUGCAAUCACCAAUAAUUUGAUAUACAGUUGAACCUCUCUACAAUGGUCACCUUGGGGACACAAAAAAGUGGCCAUUGUAGAGAGGUUGAAACAAGAGUGAAUGAAUGGACUGUAGAGAGGUGGCCGUUAGUGGAGGUUCGACUGUAAUGCCAAAGAUAGUAAAGACACAGAACAAUAUAACCACACCACAAUACAAAAGUGAAUCAACAGUGUAUUUCCCAACACCAAGAGGGGGGGUCCCAUGUCGCCGUCUGAAUUUUAAAACGUCUUGUGUCAGUGUUUAUAAGUGCUUGUCGCUUAUUGUCGGCUUUGCGAUUGUCGCGAUUUCAUUGUACACGCUGUCGCUACUUUUUGGGCCAUGUCGCUUGUCAGAAUUUACGCUGGCAGGGCCUCGGUACAGAUAUUAUUUCUCAACAGUAAAUCAUCAUAAUUUUAUAUCUUCAACUCCAGCUCAAAUGUGAUUCAGACGCAAGGACUGUACACGCAAGCACAGUGCAAGCAAUAACAUAUUUGUGCUGAUCAAAGCAUGUUUUUCGUGAUGCAUGAAAAGUGACCUAGUCACCACUGACUUAGGUGAAGUUGCUUUUCUUUGUUGUGCACAUUGACAUCAAAAAAGAUGGUGAAUAUUUUCUAAAUAAUUUGGCCUUUAUAUAUAGUUUUGGUUGACAAUGUUGGAUUCCUUUCCAUUCAGUAUUUCCUACUUUGAUCUCAAGAAUAAAGUGCUCUUGGCCUUAUAAUAAAUCCUUUACUGGCUGGAUAUUCACCUUGUUCUUUUCUCUUCUUUUGUAUUUCUAUUUACCUUGACUUUGUCCAACAUCCAGCCAUCUUGACCUUAUACUUGGUCACCAACACAUACCUAUUUUAGUUGUUAUGAAAGUGUUAUUUUUUCCCCAACAUUUAAUGUGUGUAUGCAGGAAAAAAUAACAGAUUCCCAUUUUUGGAUAUUUUAGGGUAUUUAAAGAAUUCCCACAAAAAUCCCAAAUUUGAAAGAGUGAGACAAGUCCCAAUCAGGAAACUUGGUUGGGAAUUCCCUGGUUGGGGCCGGACUUGUCUCACUUUGCCAAAUUUGGGAUUUUUAUGGGUAUUCUUUAAAUACCCUAAAAUAUCCAAAAAUGGAAAUCUGUUAUUUUUUCCUGUGGUAGGGAUCAUGCAGGUGGUAAUGGGGAGCUAGCUGGGCUUGUGAAGGGACUGACAGUGUGUGGUGGUGAUGAUAGAAUUGGGGCGCUUAACAAGAAAGUUGGUCAUGGAGACCAGUUGAAGGUACAGAUACUUUCCUUCUCCAAUGAUACAUUCCUCUAGUAGGAUGCACCUGUGGAACUGUUUCUUGUCAGGCCCAUGUAGAAAACAUACUUCCACAUCAAGAUUGCUUACAAUGGGAGUUUCAUUAGAAGCCGGGACACGGUUACCGGCACAAGUGUUUUCUCAUCACAGAACCUGCCUUCCAGCUAAGUGGAAAAGCUGACUCGUAAACCGCUUUUCCAACUCACCCCACUUUCUCCACCAUGGGCGACAAGUAGUUUAACCUUUUGACUCUGCUUAUCUAGUUUUUUAGCCAUGGUAUAAUGUCAAGUCAAUGUACACGUAACUUUUUAUUCUAUGAACAAACUUCUCUAAGGGGGAUCAGCCAGGGAAGUAGUUUAACAGUGUUCUUACCAGACCGUGGCAUUGUGGCAUUGCCACCCUUUUUUGGGAAAUGCUGCACUAUAAUUAGCCCAGGGGGUCCCAAGGGUGCAAAGAAGGAAAACAAAAACAAAACAAAAAUAAUAAUUGUGACCCACUUUUCUCCCUCAUGACCCCCUUUUAGCUUCUUUAUGUGUCCUGUGGACCCUACAUGUGUACAAAGUCCUUGUCAGAACACUGUUUUUUUAGUGAUUGUAAUGGUAGUCUUAUCUCAGUUUUUGCACAAAAGUAGAAUUGUUGGACACCUGGAUUGUUUCAGAGAUUUUGAGCUCCCUCCCUUUUUUAGGGGUGGAUGGAGGGAGAGGGGGUGCAGAUGGUCAGGGCAGAUUCAUUAUUAUUAUCAUGUAUUAUUAUUAUUAUUAUUAUUAUUAUUUAUUGAGUUCCUGACUCAUGAUCAAUAAGUCUUAACCUACCUUAAAGUAGUAGGUAUUCAUUUUUUCUAAUUAAUUAGACGUGACUUAACUCAAUGUCUCUUGGUAACUUCCCUUUAAGAUUGGAAAUCUUAAUGUCAAGUGUUUAUUCACUCCAUGCCAUACAAGUGGCCAUAUUUGCUAUGUGGUUAAUGGGAAACCAAAUGCUGUGUUCACUGGUAAGCCUAGAUAUUUUCAUUUACCCCAAAAAGGAUUUUCCUUUUUUGCAUACCUAUAGUUGUAAAUGAGAUAUUUAUGUCCCGAAAUGCACACUUUAGGAUGGAAAUUUAACAUUUUUCCAGGCAAUGUGGGGAAACAUCUUGAAAAUUAUCUUUUUUUUCUUCUUAUUCUUGGAAAACUCCACAUUCAUCCUCUAUCCUUUUACCUUUCAGGUGACACUCUAUUUGUUGCUGGGUGUGGUAAAUUUUUUGAAGGUCGUCCACCUGAAAUGUACAAAGCUCUGAUUGAAAUCCUAGGAAAAUUACCUCAAGAUACUGUAAGUAUACCAUUAGGAACCUCAAGAUGCAUGCUAUCUGCCUAUAUGUACAGUGUGCGUGCAGAGGAUCAUGUUUGCCACAUAGUUGCGUAAAAGGUGACCAUAACAUCCCAGAUGUGGUAAUAUGGCAUUAUCAUUCUAAACUGGUAGCCUAGCCAAUUUUUGUGGGUAAGUAUAUAUGCAGAGCAGAUCAUCACAGUUUUACGCCUGAGUCCCGUAUGGAGGUUGGGUGCCUAGGAACCUGGGGGCUGAGCUGCCAACCCCUAACCCAGGUAGCAAGAACACCCCAAAUGCCUGCCCUACCUGCAACCUAGCCAUGAGCCUUACUCGUCACAAGUAAAUUUCAGUGACUUUUUGAUCAAGGAAAAGGAAUUUUAGUUCGAGUCAGCAGGGAAUUUGAGUUAUUCGAGUUUGAGUUAACUGAGUAAAAAUGACUGGAAAGUAGGGUGAAAUCCAAGGGAAAUUGGACUUAGUUCGAGUUAGCGGAGAGUUUGAGUUAUUAGGCUUCUUAUCAUAGCAGUCUCCUUGGUUAACUGAAUUACAGUAUGCUUUAUUUUUAUUUUAAGGAAACAUUUAGCAAAACAACUAAUGGUACCUGUGUGUUUUGGCUCUUUGGCAGCUUGUUUAUUGUGGUCAUGAGUACACUGAAAACAAUCUGAAGUAUGCAGUUCAUGUUGAACCAGAUAAUGCUGAAAUUCACAAAGCAAUUGAGUGGGCAAAGGUAAGAUAUUCCUCUAGUCUCUAAGUCAGAAUAAAUAGACAUACUAAAUUUAACUCAAAUGAAUUCUGUGGUUUGCAAAUGUAUUUUGCAGAACAAACGGAAAUCAAAUGUGCCAACAGUACCAUCUACCAUUGGAGAUGAGUUUAAGUUUAAUCCUUUCAUGAGAGUCCAGUAA